AGUUCCGCCUACGCGCUAACUGGUGGGUGCUUCACGCACUUACGCGUGUGCGUGUUUGCGUCUGUGCGAGGGAACAGUUCUUUUCAGCUGCCCGCUUUUGCAAAGGAAAAAGGCUGCACACGUAUCGACUUCUUUAGCGGCUGUAGAAGUGAAGAACUGGUUUUCUUCAUUGACGGCCAACGAAGUAUGUAUAUACACUGACUGAAGUUUUUUUUUUAAAGGAAGCUGAACGCAUGAAUCUAGAGAUUCGCGCCCAGUUCUCGCUCACGCGCUUCACCGCGGGCGACGCGUUGCAUUUUAUCAUGACGAAUGGCGGGAAGAGGCGAGACGAGAAGGAAGCCAGCGCUGACCCCUCGCUGCCUGGGCUCGCCAAGGUUGUGGAGUUGCAGGAGAGGCGUCACGACUACGAAAAGGUGCAUCAGUUCGGCUUCUACGACCCCCUCUGCGCCGGACACCGCGUGGAGACGGAGUCGCACGAGCAGGUCUGUGUACACUCGCAGACCGCCUGUGCCCUCGCCAAGAACGCAGUGAACGCUGCGCUGCGGCAUCGAAUUGAAAUUCGCGUGACGCGCUACGGAGAGGCGCUCUUUCAACUCGCCAACACAUCGGAGAACGAAGAAGUGGAGGAGGGGAGCACCGCCAUAGGGAGCGACUCCGCUGCAGGCUCGCCGAACCUGACGAGUGACUGUUUAGGAGACGGCAUCGGUGCCAAAGACGGCGACGCCGCUGAGACGGAUGAAGACGACGAUGACCUGGAGACCUAUCUGCUGCGACUGCCAGGCUUUGGGACUGAGACGGCUACGGCGUGGCUGCAGCGCCGCUACCUGCGCUGCUGUGAACUGAUGAACGUGCGGCCAAGUGUGGUCGUGUCGCACCGGCUAUCGCAGUGUGUGCACCCCUGCCGCGGCGGCACCGUCGGGUCAUUCUUUGCGGCGCAGAAGGCCACCUCCCCGCUCUCACCGCUGCCGGAGCGGCUGCUGCUCUCCAACACGAAGGCGGCGCGCUGCUGGAUGACGUUUCCCGAGAUGCUGGUGCUGCUGCGGGUGGAGUGCGCGAUCCCGUACGAGUUGAACCUCGACCUGCACGGCUGCGGCGAUAUUGGAAAGCAGGUGCGCCACUUUGUGGCGGCGCUUGGUGUGCUGGAAGGCUGCCGGUACACGGUCGUGGCGCUCAAUCUCUCGAACACCGGCUUGACCGAUCGUGAGGCGCGCGUGCUUUGCUUCUUCUGCCACGCACACCUGCGCCGCCUGAAAGUGCUGGACAUCAGCAACAAUCGUGGGGUGACGGAAAAGAUGGCGCUGAGGCUGAAAAAAAUGGCGGCGUCGUUGCCGCUGCUGAGUCGGCUCUCGGUACACGGCACGUCAUUGAGCGCAGGAACAGUGCGUGUGAUUGACCGCCUGUUGAGCCGCAAGAUUCUGUGA